UGGCCUUACUGUAAACUUCCGGUUGUAUGUGGAGACCGUGGAGAAAAUGAAUACUCACUGGGGCGAGAUUCCGUCUGUCCCGGAGGCUGACUCUGGAAUAAUAGCCUUAGAAAGAGAGCAGAUGACCAAACCAAGACCAAUGGAAGUUGAAGGACCUCGCCUUCAUCAACCAUCGAGUCGACAUUAUCCGCCAUCGAACGAUCCCUUACCUGCUGACCACUUCCAGAUGGACCCUGUAACACUUCACACAAUUCAGCUGAUACAUCAUGCAAAGAAGAUGCGGCCCCUCAUCCACAGUGUCCAGCAACAACAAAUAGAAAAUAAGAACAGUGAAGGAGACAUUACAUUUCCGACAGCACCGCCCAUCCCAGAAUUUGAAGGACCAGAACCAAAACAUGAGCUUCAAAGACCAAUUCCAUUCAUGCCAAGAGAUUUCAACAGUGACUUUGCCCGAGAGGGACAGCCCCCUCCAAGGAUAGAUGAGGUGACGAACAGGAAGUUGCUCAGACGCUCUGUUGCUGCUCUCUGUGCACAUGUUGGGUUUGAUACCUGUCCUGAGUCUGUGUUGGAGACGUUGACAGACAUUCUCCACGAGUAUUACCUGCAGAUGACGAAACACCUGCGUGUAGCAGCAGACACAGCUGCACUCAACCAGUAUGGGGGAUUUCCUGAUAUAGUGGAGCAGGUGUUCCAUGAGAUGAGCAUCGGCAGCGUGACUUCACUACACGACUUCUACCAGACGCGGGUCAUUGCACACCACCAGAACAUGCAGGACACGUGUCGCCACCUGUUGGCGGAAUAUGAAAAACUCAAACAAAAGUCCAAGGAUUCUCAGCCUGAUACCUUCCACGUCAUUAGAAUAAAGGAUGAACCAUGUGCAGAAAUCCAGUUUCCCACACUGGAUGAGAAUGACGAGGUGAACGAAGCUGAACAGCUGCUGCAGCUGGAAGGUUUUGCAGCUGGGUUUGCUAUAACUGUGGAGCAGGAGACGGCGGAGGGGCUGACGACAGAGGUGGAGUCCAAGUGGUCGCAGGCCAUGGCAGGCAAAUCAGAUCCUAAUGAUCCUAAAGUGAAGACGGAGGAUGGGUACGAUGAAGUGGGGAGUGUAUCUGUGACUACAACGGACCAGCUGAGUGAUGACAACGACCCUGGCUCCAUCCCUGUAUCUGACAUCCUGUCACCACCCUCAAUCACCAGCAAACCAAGCAAGCCCAAGAAGAGGAAAAGAUGAGAAUAAUGCUGGAUAAGUAGUGGAUACUGAAGGAAUACUCUGAAUAGCUAACAGAAGGAGUAAUGUUAACAUGCUUAAAGUGACAUUGACAGUAAGGUACACAUCAGCCUGUACUUAACCCAGCACUCCGAGAUAGACUGUGGUGCUUAUCACCUGUAUGGAGGCAUCUGUGAUGGAUUAUCUCCCUUGUGUCACCCACAACUUCAAGAAUGACAUCAUGGUGAUGAUUUUCUGUGUGUGGACCACAUGAAAUGUGAGAUGAGACUUGACAUCGCAUUGAAAAGUGCCGUGGGAUGGACAUUAAUCAUUUCAAAGACUUCCAGGAACUAGAGAUGAGAGAUAUAUACAUUUCUGGCUACAUGCUAAAGCACAAAUAAAACUCAAAAUUGAAAAGAAACAUGUAAUGCUUGGUUACCCAAAUAAAAACAAUGAUCCAAUAAAUAUCAUCUUAAUUCUCUUCAAGGAACUAAUUUUUCGAAAUAAGUUUAACAACAUGAUGCCAUCUUUUAAAGUUUUUCAACAUAAACUGUUUGAAUAUUAUAUGUUAACAAAGUGUUCGUCAAUCAAUAAUUAGUUGUAAUAUCAAUG